AUGCACCUUGUUCCUCAAAAAGCAGCCUUUGUCACUUCCUGCUCAGGGCUUCACUGCUCACACGACACGCAUCGCUACCACAGUGAUCUGGCCGUCAGAAAGGCACCACGAAAGCACCAUGGCUUUGCUGAGAUGUGGACUCUUUGGAAAUGUCGCCGCAGCUGGAGGAAGGCUCAUAGAGGCGCAGCCAAAGCUGCUCAUGCUGGACCUUCGAGCUGCCAGCGAUCGGCAUUGAUUUCAUUGGUUCUUGCGAACCUAGCUGUGUGCUUUGUCAGCUUUCGCUACCUGAAACAACUUCGGGAAGCUGAAGAAGCUUCGUACCAGGAGGCAGAACUGGACCUCUCCAAGCUUUAUGAAGUGCCCCCAGGAUAUGAGAAAAUAAAAGCAGAGCCACCGUUUGGUGGCCUUUCGGACGUUGCAUCGAAAGCGCCUGAGAAAAAUCUCAGAAAGGCUGAACCCAUUCCCGUCACGAGGACAGAGGCAGACACCACAACCUUGCCAUCGAAACCCGAACCGCCAAAACCUGCAGCUAUGCCAAAACCUCCAGCGACAUCUCCACAGAAACCCCCUCAGAAGCAGGCAACAGAACCACCGACUCUGCCACCACAUGAGCACCCAUUGCAGAUGACCUCCACAUGUCCCAUCUGUGGUGCAAGGAAGGAAAGCCCCCUGCUCACCACCAACCUUGACCUUGACAUUCGCUGCACCUGGAAAGAUGUUUCCAAGUCAUUCCUGUCCGAGACUGCUGACGACGGACAACCAAAAGCGUUGUCUGAUGCCAAAGAGAUUUGCAUCAAUAUCGGCACAUCCUGUGGCGGAGUUACCUGCGACAAGCCUGGCACCCACCUCGAAGAGGCAAAGCAGUGCACAGCGAGGUCGUCAACACAGCCAAAGUCGUCUCCCAGCGAAGAGGUGACGUUUGUGAAGAAUUGCACGUACGGUUCAACUUGCGACGAGGCACGACCUACAAGGUUCCCGGCCAAUCCUUUCAGCAAAGAUCUGAAGGGCGCCGGCAUCGUCAUCCUCGCGCACAACCGGGAAGGAGAUUUCAGGAGAUGUCUUGAAUCACUAUUUGCGAUACCAGAGGUGGCCUUGUUCACUGUGUAUAUUUCCCUGGAUGAUCCAGCAGCCUGGACAUCUAUGACAGCUGCUGCCAAGCAGGUCGCAGCUGGCAAAGGUAUCAACAUCGAGGUGUGGCAGAUCGGGCCGCGGGCAUUUGAUGCUACAACGGUUCUCAACGAGGAGACGGAGAAGUGGAUGAAGACGAACACUGGAAAGAUUGCCCACCACUACUGGACUGUGUUUGAGAAGUCCUUCAUGGAGAAAGCGCACGAGCACGUGAUCUUCGUUGAAGAAGACUUGCUUUUCUCCCCGGACUUCUUUGCGCUGUUCCGCAGUACAGCUGGUCUCUUGGAUGAGGACCCAAGUCUCUGGUGCAUCGGCGCUUGGAACGAUUUCGGCUUCAAGGGCACCGCACUCGAUGCCUGCAGCCUGCAGCGCACCUCCUAUUUUCCAGGCUUGGGCUUCAUGCUACUGCGGCGCGCAUGGCUGGAAGUCCGCAAGGCCUGGCCCAUCGCGCCGACCAUGGGUUGGGACUACUGGAUGCGGGUCGCCUUCCGAGCCGCCGGCAAAGAAUGCAUAGUUCCACAGGUGUCGAGAAGUCACCACGCAGCAGCCAAAGGCUCUUCUGUCUCGACAGCCAAGCAAAUUCGCUUGUUCGAGGCCAUGGCCUUUUCCGAUGUGCCUUCGACGUGCGAUGUUACCGAGCCCUGCGCACAAUUCGGUAAUGUGUCCUAUCUUGUUGCUGAGGACUACGAUGCUUGGCACCGACAGGCAGUUGCCAAAGCGCCUAGAUUGGACUUGAAGGAGCUAAAGGCACAAAGCGGAAAGCCGAUCAAGAAGCUGCCAAAAGUGCUUCAUGUGGUUCCGUAUGUGCACGAGGAGUUUCUGCAGUAUGCGGAGGCUGCGGGCUUGUCUCCCAGGAACACCAAGGGCUCGAUACCAGCGGACGUGCGCUCUGAGCACUAUGGCACCGUGGUUGGGCGCAUUGUCAGCCAGCAAGUCCCUUUGCUGAUGGUGGAUAAGAGGAGUCAGCUGGGGCUCUUGCGACCAGAGGAGCAGCUAAGGUUCAACUCGAACUUUGAGGUUGUUCCUGGCUCUCAGGGGAAGUCGUGCGUGGAGGUGUGCCAGUCAAGGAAUGCUAAGUGCGACAAGCAGCAGAUAUACUUCUUGAACGACUGCAACCUUCUCAAGAAGCACUUCCCCUGCGAGGCGGGUUGCGCCCACCAGGUCGGUAAGGAACUCCCGGUUUACGUGCCCGAUCCGGCCCAAUCCACAAAAGGGCAGUGCCUGAUCACCUUCAUUUCGCCAGCAACUUGCGAGGCGAAGCACAAGAGCACCUCCCGCCUCUGUCCGUGCAGUGUAGCAGUAGCAGCCAAAGCUGAUGCAGCGCGACCAGGCUACAAAUGA